AUGAAUCAAAAAUAUUGCUUUAAAUCUUAUUUCUCUUAACAAUGUACUUAGUUUUGGGACAACACUAAAAUUGAUAAAACUCAAAAAUACAUAAUGGAAGAUCUUUACUAUAUUUAGACUCCUUUUGAAACUAUUCCUUGCAAUUUGAGACUGGUCAAGAAAAACCUGAUAAUGGAAUAGGAUGAUCGAUAGUAUAGUACGAACGUGGAAAAUGCAGGAUUGGAAUUAAUAACAAGUGAUUUCAAUAACGAUUAGGGAGUAAGAAUUACGAAGGGAAUUUAUACUUUUGAGUUUUUUGGUAAAAUAAAAUCUAUAUUUGAUCAACUCAAAAAGACAUGCAUCUAGUUUAAUUUCACUCAAAGGUAUUCAAUAAAAAAAAUGAUUGCAAAAGGGACAUUCGCUACAAUUUAUUUGGCGGAGUGCAGAUUCACCCAGAAUGAAUAUGCAGUGAAAUGUUUCGAGAAACGACAUAUUUCUAAUGAGAAGGACAGGAAGAAUUUAACAAAGGAGAUGUAGAUACUUCGUUUAAUGAAUCAUAACUAAUUAUUGACAAUAUACGAAGUUUUCGAAAAUUCAAGUUACAUCUACUUCGUAUAGGAGUUGCUAAAGGGAGGAGACUUACAUGAUUACUUGGAAAGAAGUGAGAAAUUGAGUGAAUUAAAGGUUUCUCAGAUAAUUUAUAAUUUAUUGAAUGGGAUCCAGUAUAUGCAUUCCCAAGGAGUGCUCCACCGAGAUAUCAAGCCUGAAAACUUGAUCCUGAGAUAGAAGAACAAUUUAAAUGACAUAGUAAUAGGAGAUUUUGGACUUGCAGACUUUUACAAAUUCGAUGGAAACUAUUUGUAUCGAAGAUGUGGAACACCAGGGUACGUAGCUCCUGAAAUACUUCGUGGACAGCCAUAUGAUUAUAAGGUCGACAUUUACAGUAUCGGCAUACUGUUAUACAUACUGCUAUCUGGUAAGAGACCAUUUGUGGGUAAGAACAAUCAACAAACUGUUAAAUUGAAUGAGGCGGGGGAUAUUAAUUAUGAUGAUAUUGAUUGUAGUUCGGAAGCAUUGUCUUUGAUGAAAAAGAUGUUAGAGACACAACCAGAAAAUAGAAUCUCGAUAAUUUCUGCAAAAUAGCACCCUUUCUUUAUGAAUGCUCAAAAACGAGACACUCAAAAGUCAAAGGUAACAUUGAAGUUGGAUGUGAAAUGCGUAUAGCAACAAGAACAUUUUUCAGUAUCACCUAUAUUGACUUCCAGACCAUUAAAUAGACAUUCAAUGAUAAAUAAUUUUACUAUCCAUACUCCAAGACAACUCCCCAGAUUGAGUCACGAUGUGAAAACUAUUAUAAAGACAGAACAAAAUGAAGUUCAUAGAUCAACCUUAUCUCGUCAAAUUUAAAGCAGAGCCAAUUUAAGAUUAAACAACUAAUUCAAUAAUCUAAAUAUUUUUGUGUGA